CUCUCGACUCAUUCGCAAUCCCACUUCAUCUACCUAUCUACCUUGUGGAUGUGAAUUCUGUGGAAUACAACGAUAGCAUGACUACCCCUCCAACACCUUCUGACUCGGCUUCUCUGGCCACAUCCAUCUUCUCACUACCUCAAAAGGGACGGACCGAAGCUGAACAGCGACUUGCACGGUCCGCCAAUUGGAGGUUUUCAACAUUAUGCGCUGCGGUAGAUACCAAAGAUCAAUAUGGUGCUAGCUCGACCCCAAUCUACCAGACUGCGACGUUCAAGGGCAUGGAUGGACAGUAUGAUUAUACUAGAUCAGGGAACCCGACUCGUGGAGGAUUAGAAUCUCAUCUGGCCAGGCUGUACGGUGCGACUCAAACGUUUGCAUUGUCAACGGGGAUGACCUGCUUGGAUAUGAUCUUGAGACUGGUCAAGCCUGGUGAAACGAUCUUGGCUGGAGAUGACCUGUAUGGUGGCACCAACCGACUCUUGACGUAUCUCGGUACGCAUGGAGGCAUCGACGUGAGGCACGUCGAUACAACCCGAGUGGAAGAGCUCCUUCCUCACCUUGGUCCGGGAAACAAAGUCAAAGCCGUCCUUCUGGAAUCCCCUACCAAUCCACUGCUCAAAAUUGCAGACAUUCGAAAUAUUUCCAAAGCGGUCAAGGCUGGUUCCCCCGCUGCACUAGUCAUCGUUGACAACACCAUGAUGUCUCCUUACCUUCAACGACCCCUCGAACUCGGGGCGGAUAUCGUGUAUGAUUCCGCUACGAAAUACCUGUCAGGUCAUCAUGAUCUCAUGGCUGGAAUUAUCGCAGUUGCCGACCCGGACAUUGCCAAAUCCAUUGCGUAUCUUAUCAAUUCUGUCGGGUCAGGUCUGGCGCCAUUCGACAGUUUCCUCCUUCUUCGAGGCAUCAAGACAAUGUCCAUCCGAAUGGACAGACAAUUAUUGACAGCUCAAUUGGUCGCUACUUACUUGGACGAGCUGGGCUUCUUGACUCAUUAUCCGGGCCUGAAGCGUCAUCCAAAGUAUGACAUUCACUGGAGCCAAGCCAGUGGAGCAGGGGCAGUGUUGAGUUUCGUCACGGGUGACAAGGCAAUGAGCGAGAGGAUCGUCGGUGGCACCAGGUUAUGGGGCAUCAGUGUGUCGUUUGGAGCUGUCAACAGUCUCAUUUCGAUGCCUUGUCUCAUGUCGCAUGCCUCCAUCUCAGCCGCCGUCAGAGCUGAGCGCGGAUUGCCGGAGAACCUCAUCCGUCUGUGUUGCGGUAUCGAAGAUCCACGAGACCUAAUCGAUGAUUUGGAACACGCCCUGCUCGCUGCUGGUGCCAUUGUUCCGGAUCACUCAUAUGAAGCCGUCUCCAGACAUGCCUCGGAAGAAAUUUACAAUCAUGACCCCGAUGCCUGGAUUCUGGAGCGUGCAAGAGCCUACACUCGACCCAAAGGGACUGAUAUGGAGAAGCUUGUCAAGGGAGUUCAGGCAGGCCUUGGGUUGGGAGAUGUGGAGAGGAAAACCAUCAAGAGCGAUAUCGUUGUCUCUGCCCCGGGCAAGGUCAUCUUGUUCGGAGAGCAUGCAGUGGUCCAUGGCGUGUCUGCCGUAGCUACCUCUGUCGAUCUGAGAUGCUUCGGAGUUCUGUCACCACGUUCGGAUUCCAAGGUCGCACUUGAAGUUCCAGACCUGAACGUAGAAGCAGAAUGGGAUAUAUCUGCUCUUCCUUGGAACCUCUUGCCAGUCCAUAUCGAUGGAUCCCGUCGAGUCGCGGAUAAAGAACUUGAUCCGCCCCUCCUCGCCGCCAUCGAAUCCCUGAUCACAUCCAAUGACGUAGCGAAUCCUGCCAUCGGUUCCCAACUCGCUUUCUUGUACCUCUACAUGGUGAUCUCUGCCAAAGAGUCCAAUGCUCCAUCCGGCACUUUCACCGCCUCUUCCAAUUUGCCUAUCGGUGCUGGAUUGGGCUCAUCAGCAGCUUAUUCGACGUGCAUUGCAUCCGCCUUGCUCCUGGCGCACAAUCACAUUGACAAUCCUGCCUUGGGCGAGUCUUUCUCGUCUUCUGGUCCUGGGAUAUCCCCUGGUGAUACGGAUCUGAUCGAUGGUUGGGCAUUCUUGUCUGAAAAAGUCUUGCAUGGAAAUCCAAGUGGGAUAGACAAUGCCGUAUCGGUCAGAGGGGGUGCUGUGAGUUUUACCCGCUCAGUCGGAGGCAGGAAAGGUGGAUUAGAAACUCUGAAUGGUUUCUCUUCGGUCAGAUUACUCUUGACAGACACACACGUGCCUCGCGACACUAAAUCACUCGUUGCUGGGGUUGCUGCGAAACGAUUAGCAGAGCCGGCCUUGGUGGACUCGACAUUCGACUCGAUUCAAUCCAUCAGUGACGAAGCGAGGGGUUUGCUGGGUGGACAAUCUCACGUCGGCAGGGACAGACUAGUCCAUCGCCUCUCGGCCAUGAUCACGGAAAAUCAUCAACACCUUGUGACGCUUGGCGUCUCUCAUCCCAGUCUUGAAAUGAUCGUCUCAGCGACAUCUGCCGAGCCUUUCAACCUCUCAACCAAAUUGACAGGUGCAGGAGGUGGAGGAUGCGCAGUGACGUUGAUUCCGGACGACUUUCCCGAUACCGAACUUGAUUCUCUCCUGUCGACUCUUCGAAACAUGGGAUUCACUCCCCAUCUCACCUCGCUCGGUGUCCCUGGUCUCGGCAUUCUCUCUUCGUCCGGUUCCUCCGCUUCUCCGAGCCAAUCAACAGAUGUGUUGCCGACGGACGAGGGGAACAACGAUGGAAUGGUGGUGCCUAAACGAGCGGCGCUAAGAGAAGCUGGCCGAGACGGAUUGGCAUCGUGGGCAAGGGGCCUGGGUCCCUGGAGCUAUACCUAGGCGUGUGAGGUGUAAGAACUGGAGGCUAGAUGCUUGUAUGACUUUUUCUCAUGUAAUAUGUGUAUGACGAAA